AGUCGUGCAACCCUAAUGACGGCAAUAACUUAAUAUAUCUUAAUUUACCUGAGCCAGAACCAUGGUAAACUUUGUUUUUUUCGGCCUACCUGUGCCGUAUGCGAGCUUCUCGGAAUGACUGGUAUCAUACAAUAAGCAGUAGAAUCGUUCGGUGGCCGUUAUCUUAGCAUCAUCAUCACGCAGCGGAGCUUUGAAAGCUGCGGGGGAGGGGCGGCGUGAAAGCCUCCGCCCGCCAGUGCCGCGCCGACCGCGACGCGACCCGCAUGCCGCGCUGCCUCGCGCCCAGCUGACACACCGACAUAAACAUAACUCCAAAGUUAUGACAGACCGUGCUUGAAUUAAAAACUCGAAGAUACCUAAAGUUCAGUGAAAGAUUGUUCUGUGAGUGAAGGAUUGUAGUGCAGUGCGUGUCACGUGUGUUUACGAAGCGCGUAGGCGCAGGCGGGUCGCACUUUCCGUGAGAUAUUCGUGCGCGCAGGUCGCGGCCAUGUUGCAUACCUGAGGCGAGCGAGCGCGCUAGUGUGCGAACAGGACGGAGCGCUUUCGCCGAUAAUGUUUUUGUUGAUGUCAUGAUGAUGAGCGUUGUGGUGCUGCUGCUGGCGCUCGCGGCGCCGGCGGCGGCGGAGCAGAUGCAGUCGCGGGCAGUCGACACCGGCGUCGACCUCCGCGUGCCCGAGGACCAGCCGCCCGGCACACUCGUCGGCAAGAUCCCCACCAAACCCGGCUUCACGUACCGCUUCAAUGAGCCCCCGAAGGAGUUCGUUCUCGACCCUGUCACCGGAGAGAUCAGAACUAAUGUGGUUCUUGACAGGGAGGCAGUUGAUCGCUACGCCUUCGUAGUGCUGUCCAGUCAGCCGACGUACCCGAUAGAGGUUAGGCUGCGAGUGACGGACGUGAAUGACAACUACCCGGAGUUCCCUGAACCGAGCAUAGCUGUGGCCUUCUCCGAGAGCGCCGCGGCCGGCACCAAGCUGCUGCUCGAUGCGGCCACUGAUAAAGAUCUGGGAGAAAAUGGGAUCGCUAAUGACUACAGGAUCGUCGAUGGUGACAGUGAAGGAAAGUUUCGUCUCAAUGUUACUGUCAAUCCCAGUGGACAAACGUCCUACCUACAUCUGGAAACCACCGGCCGACUCGAUAGGGAAACAAACGAUUUCUAUAUCUUGAACAUAUCGGCACGCGACGGCGGUAGUCCGCCUAAAUACGGGUAUCUACAAGUGAACGUAACGAUAUUAGACGUUAACGACAAUCCACCGAUAUUCGAUCAAAGUGAUUUUUCAGUGUCGUUAAACGAGAGCGUGCCGCUGGGAACCACUGUUCUAAAAGUGACAGCAACGGACAGUGAUUUAGGUGACAACUGUAAAAUAACAUACGAAGUGACGGAUACCGAGAAGCAGUUCGCGGUGGAUCCCGAGUCCGGAGUGAUAACGACUGCUAAGAAAUUAAAUUGCCCAAAGUAUUGUAGUAAUAUGACGUGCAAUAUGACUUGUGUGCUGACAAUCAUUGCGCGGGACCACGGUGUACCCCGGCAGGACGCGAGAACGUAUGUUACAGUCAAUCUCAUCGACGCAAAUGAUCACGACCCAGUCAUUACCUUUACCUACGUACCACCCACAGCCAACUUUGCCACAGUCGAUGAAAACGCUAAGAACGGCUCACUAGUCGCCGCCAUUACUGUAACUGAUUUAGAUGCGGGAUUCAAUGGGAUUACUAGUGUUAAAAUUACUGCUGGUAACGAGCUAAACCAUUUCCGGCUGGAGAAUACCUCCAGUGUUUAUAUAGUUCAUGUUAAUGGUGUGCUUGACAGGGAAGAGAUCAGUAAGUACAAUUUAACUGUUGUUGCUACUGAUAAAGGUAGUCCUCCAAGAACUGCUACCUCAUUCUUAGUUAUACAUGUUAAUGAUGUUAACGACCAUGAACCAGUUUUCGAGAAAUCAGAAUAUUCUGCUAUUUUAAGUGAACUUGCACCUCCUGGUACGUAUAUUGCUGGUAUUACGGCUACAGAUGAAGAUACAGGGGUAAAUGCAGAAAUAUAUUACGAUUUCUAUGACGGAAAUCAACAGCAAUGGUUUUUCAUAGACCAUUUGACUGGAUUAGUAACAACAAGAUCUAUUCUAGAUCGAGAAAUACAAGGUACUGUCGAACUUAAUGUAUCUGCUAGGGAUGGUGGACCAAAUCCUAAAUGGGCAUUCACAAGACUCAAAAUAACUAUCUUAGAUGAAAAUGACGAGGCGCCUUCUUUUCCGCAGACUGAAAUUAAUGCUACUUUACAUGAAAAUGUUAAGCCAAUAAAAGAAAUCUUAAUCCUCACCGCUUCGGACUACGACCAGGGCACUAACGGCUCAGUUUCAUAUUACUUGCCAUCAAAUAUUGAGAGAAAAUAUCCCAAAACGUUUAUACUAGAUCCAUUAACUGGCCAACUCAGUACAAUAAUUGAAUUAGACAGAGAAAGAAUUAGUCUGUACGAAAUACAAGUUCUAGCCAAAGAUCAAGGAUUUCCGCCUCAGUCAUCUACUGCCACAGUUUAUCUGAAUGUCCUUGACGUAAAUGAUAAUGAUCCGGUAUUCUACCCAAAAAGGUAUAUAGAAAGUAUUAGUGAAGAUGUUCCACCGGGUUCUACUAUAGUACAGGUUAAGUCAUUUGAUUUAGAUGAGGGAGAUAACGCUAGAGUGACGUACAAGCUAGAAAGCGGCGGAGAUGGAUUCUUUGACGUAGAACCGUGGACCGGAAAUGUCGUCUUACAAAAAGAUUUUCACAAAGCGCCGGCUGCAUCCUACACAUUAAAAAUAUCUUGCAGAGAUAAAGGAAACAGGAGAGCUUAUGAUGAUGCUAUAGUAGAAAUCAUCAAAAUGGCACAGCGUAAAAAUCUUGAGUUUGAGGAGUAUAAUGGAUACACUUUUAAAAUUGUUGAAGAUGAAGGGACACAAAAAUAUCAAGCCGGCCGCUUUGUUGGUAAGGUCAGUGCUCGGAUGUCAAGUGAAAGAAUUACUUAUCAUAUUUUGGAGGGUGACCCUAAAAAUAUAUUUAAGAUUGAUGAAAGGAGUGGCAUAAUUACAACAGAGUCGAAUAUUGACCGCGAAGAGAAAAUGAACUACCAUCUAACAAUACUUGCCAAAAGUGGUGUGGCAUUUGGGUUCACUACUGUAAACAUAUCUGUUUUGGAUAUAAAUGACAACUAUCCUGUAUUCAUCGAAGAUAAGGAUGAAAUUCAUAUACCUGAAAACAUGGCUGUAGGCCACGAAGUUUAUUUCGCUAGAGCUACGGACCGUGAUUCUGGCUCAAAUAGGACUGUAUCUUACACAUUGACUUACAACGCUGAUAAUAGUUUUCGUAUAUCAGAAACCACUGGAGUAAUUUAUCUUAACAAGCCUAUAUCGAACGAGCCUGGCAGUAUUGUGCCUAUUGAAGUUACAGCAACUGACAAUGGAAGCCCUGCCCUUGCUACUAAGCAUUCCAUAGCUGCAAUAAUAGACGACGUAAAUGAUCACACUCCCGUGUUCGACCACACUUCUUAUGAAACUUCGUUACUAGAAUCUACUCUUGUCAACACUCGAUUUUUCGCUAUUUCUGCUACAGAUGCUGAUCUUGAUGCAAGUGGCUUAGUAUCGUAUGAAAUUGCGGAAGGAAAUACUGAUAACAAGUUUGGUAUAUUUCCUGAUGGAUACCUUUACGUCAAAAGUCCAUUAGAUCGCGAAGAACGGGACUAUUACUCCUUAACAAUAGUAGCUUCGGAUCAGGGAAAGCCAACCAGAUCGUCACAAGUACCUGUUGUUAUUCACGUACUCGAUGAAAAUGAUAACAGUCCACAGUUUACAAACACAACGUUUGUAUUCAAAAUUAAAGAAAAUGAACCACAAGACACUUUCGUGGGUAAAUUGACAGCAACUGAUCGAGACAUCGGACGAAACGCUGAACUGACUUUCAGCCUCUCAUCGGCGCAAAAUGACUUCAGAAUAGAUACCAGAAAUGGAUUUAUCAAAACUAUGAAAUCAUUUGAUAGAGAAAGCUUAGUACACAAUACAGGACAAAAUUAUAUUACACUCACAGUAACUGUCACUGACAACGGAAAACAAAGAUUAUCUGAUUCCGUUAGAGUUACAAUUUACAUAACAGAUGUAAAUGACAAUUCUCCUAUGUUUGUGAAAACUCCAUACAAAGUGGAUGUGUCUGAGGGAGCUUCUGUUGGAGCUUCAAUAAUGAGAGUGUACUCGACUGACGCUGACGAAGGUCUUAAUGGGGAUAUAUAUUACAAGCUCGUUGGAGGAGAUGAUAUGGGUAACUUUAUGUUAGAUGAAGCCACGGGUCAAUUGUUGAUCAAAAAGUCCCUCGAUCGAGAAACAGUCGAUAAUUAUCAGCUAACAAUAUUAGCACACGAUUCAGGACAAACUCAACAGCUGUCCGCCACGACAACCAUCUCCGUUAAAGUUCUUGAUGAGAACGAUAAUGCUCCAGUGUUCACGCAAACCCAUAUGAAAGUGUCUGUGCUGGAAACAGAACCUGUCAAUACAAAGAUAAUCCAAUUUCAUGCAACAGACGCGGAUCUUGGUAUCAAUAGAGAAGUGCAAUUCUCAAUUACGUCAGGUAAUAGAAAAGAGUCAUUCUUCAUCGAUAAUUAUUCGGGUGAGCUUUUCUUACAUAAACAAUUGGACUAUGAAGAUUUGACGUCAUAUGUUUUGAAUAUUACUGCAACCGACAAUGGAAACCCAAGUUUAUCUUCGAGCAUUUCCUUCAUCGUUAACGUGAUCGAUGCAAAUGACAAUGCGCCCAUAUUCACCAAUACAGCUAUUGUGCGACAAAUUAGAGAAGGGAUUCCGAAGCAUACCCCGAUAGUUACGGUUACCGCAGAAGACCCAGAUUCAGGCUUGAAUGGCAAAGUUUAUUAUUCGAUCACGCACCAAGACCCGAACGACAACAAAAGACAUUUCGCUAUAAAUAAUGUAACAGGGGUCAUUCAUACUUUAUUGCCCAUUGAUAGAGAAAGUAUUGACACGUUCCGCAUAACUGUUGUCGCGUAUGACAGAGCGGAACCUGCGUCGGCCAGGCUGUCUGCCGAGAAGCUUGUCACGGUUAUAGUAGAAGACAUUAAUGAUAACGCGCCAACCUUCGUAUCAAUGAAUGCAGCCGUGAUUAAUUCCAAGAGGCUAGGAAGGAGUGCCGGUAGGGGAUUAUUCAUCAUGAACGUGAUCGCACGCGAUCUGGAUUCGGGAACGAACGGACUGGUCACCUACAAGCUGAUUCACGGUGGAAAUGAUUUGUUUGAUUUGCAUAGAAGUAAUGGCGAGCUGACUCUUCGGUAUCCGCCAGCAAAGCCAGAAGCGCGGUGGAACCUUGUCAUCAAGGCAACGGAUGAAGCGGUGCUGAGUGAACAGAAAAGUACUGAGACUUACCUGACUGUGAUUAUGGGUGGCAGUGAGCUGGAAGGCGUGACUUGGACGAACCCGAGAUCGGUAUCAGUGGCUGAGAAUGAACCCGUGGGUACGGCGGUGUUAAACUUAACAAACAAUUACAAAUCCGGGUUGGAGUAUUACAUAGUGAAUGUGACCGGUGAUGGCCGACAAGUGGACAGACUAUUUGACAUAGAUUCUUCUCUAGGAAUCUUGUCUACCGCUGUUUCUUUAGAUCGAGAAGCUGGUGUUGACAGAUAUGAAGUGGAAAUUUGUGCCGUGUCUUCGGGAUUGCCUCUGCAAACCACUACAACUAAGGUCGAGGUCGUGAUCUUGGAUAAAAAUGACAGUCCCCCGGUGUUCAAAAACAUUCCACCGGCGUAUUUCGCCUCGGAGGACCUGGCGCCAGGGCAACCGGUGGCCACUAUAGUCGCGGAAGACCCGGACACCAUCGGGACCAUCACGUACAGCAUCCAGUCGGAAGGGCAGACUCCCUUUACACUGGAUCCAAACUCGGGCGUUCUGACGCUGAAGGAUCCUUUAGAUAGGGAGACGAUUUCGGAAUACCAAGUCGUCAUCAGAGCUGACGAUGGAAUGCAAUUUACUGAUGUCACUGUGGUUGUGCAGGUGACGGACUCCAAUGACAACCCGCCCGUGUUCAAAGAGAGCGCAUAUUCCUUCGACAUCCUGGAGAACGCCGCCCGGGGCACUAUCGUGGGCACGGUGGCGGCCUACGACCUGGACGCGGGGCCAAACGCCCAGCUCACGUACACGCUCAUCAGCGAUUGGGCCAAUGACGUGUUCUCGCUGAACCCACAGACUGGAGUGUUCACGCUUACUGCCAGGCUGGACUAUGAAGAGACGCAGCACUACAUCUUGGUAACCCAGGCCGUGGACAACGGGCGGCCCUCGCUCUCGGGCACCGUGACGGUGUACAUCAACGUGGUGGAUCUCAAUGACAACGCGCCGGUCUUCGACCCCAUGAGCUUCUCCAACGAGAUCCCUGAGGACGUUCCUGUCGGCACUUCGGUUGUUACUAUCAGUGCUACGGAUUUAGAUUCGGGGCUAAACGGCAAGUUGACCUACAAUAUCACAUCAGGAGACGACGCGCAGGACUUCUUCAUUGCCCCGAACGGGACGAUGUACACCGCUCGGCUGCUGGACCGGGAGACGUUGCCCAUCUACUACCUCGUUGUGACGGCGAAGGACUCGGCGCGCCCGCCCGAGCCACAGCUGUCGUCUACCGUGCAGGUCACCAUACAAUUAAAAGAUGUCAAUGAUAUGGCCCCAGAAUUCGUUUCUGCAAAUGUAAUAACCAUAUCCGAGAAUAUUCCUCUCAACACUGUCGUGAUGACUGUUAAGGCUGUGGAUAAAGACGAGGGAAGAAACGGAUAUGUUGAGUAUUUUAUGGCAUCGGACCAAGAAGUUAAUGGCUACUUUUCAUUAGGAAAUGUUGAUGGAAUACUGAGAGCCACGGGCAAGCUUGAUAGAGAACUGAAAUCGAGUUAUAUGCUUUCCGUGACAGCUAAAGAUAGGGGUGAUCCUCCGAAAGUAUCAAAAACGUUGAUCGAAGUCAAAAUUUUGGAUGAAAAUGAUAACAGUCCUGUAUUUGAUCCAAAACAGUACAGUGCAUCCGUACCAGAAAAUGCUAGCAUCGGCGCAAGUGUCUUGCAGGUUUCGGCUACUGAUAUAGAUGAAGAUGCUAAUGGAAGAGUUAGAUACUCUAUAGCUUCAGGAGACGAAAACCGUGAUUUCAGUAUUAGUGAAGAUACAGGAAUUGUAAGGGUUGCUAAAAACCUUAAUUUUGAAAGGAAAGCUCGUUACAUUCUAACGAUAAGAGCGGAAGAUUGUGCGGAAGACGACGUUAAAUUUGACACGGCUCAGCUGUCUAUCUCAAUUCAAGACAUUAACGAUAAUCCGCCUACGUUCUUAGAUUCACCAUACUUAGCGUACGUAAUGGAAAAUGUAAUACCUCCUAAUGGCGGCUAUGUUAUAACCAUUCAUGCUUAUGACGCCGACUCUCCGCCGUUCAAUAAUCAAGUACGCUAUUUUAUAAAAGAAGGUGAUGCUGACCUGUUCAAAAUAAAUGCGUCGACUGGACAAAUAUCGUUGUUAAGAACACUUGAUCGAGAAAUACAAGAUGAAUACACACUAUCACUCGUAGCUAUGGAUACAGGUUCACCUCCUUUAACCGGGUCUGGUACAGUAAAAAUAAUCAUACAAGAUGUCAAUGACAAUAGUCCCAUAUUUGAAAGACAAAGUUACAAAACAAGAGUCAAAGAGAAUUUACCAACCGGAACUAUCAUACUUAGUCCAAAAGCAACAGAUAAGGAUAUUGGAAAUAAUGCCAAAAUUCGUUACAGCCUUCUGGGUGACAAAUCUGAAAGAUUUCAAAUUGAUGCUGGAACAGGCGUUAUCUCCACUAAUGCAUCAUUAGACAGAGAAGAGUGGGAUGUCUAUUAUCUAAUAAUAAUGGCACAAGAUUCAUCCACGACUGAUCCACGCACAGCUACGGCCAAUCUUACAAUUGUCGUUGACGAUGAAAAUGACAACACGCCAACCUUUUCUCAACCUGAAUAUGAAACUUACAUUUCAGAUCGCACUAUCACAGGAGAUUUUAUUUUUGGUGUUAAAGCUACAGAUAGUGAUAUAGGCUUAAACAAGAAAAUAAAAUAUGAUUUGAAAGGUGAACAUCAAAACUUAUUCACUAUAAAUAAAGAAACUGGCGUAAUAAAAGCGGAGGAAAAUCUUAUGAAAUAUAGAGGCAAAAGUGGAUCAUCUUUUAAUUUAAUAAUAGUUGCUACAGAUUCAGGUACUGCACCGAGACAAACUACAGCUGAAUUAAAACUUAUACCCAAGUCAGUAAGAAACUUUCCAAAAUUUGCGGUUACAAAUAAAUUAACCUUCACAUUUUCGGAAGAUACACCUGAAGGUGUUUUAGUUACAAGACUAUCAGCAUCAUCACCAAAGACAGGUCCAACAGGCCUAUUACAAUACGCUAUUGCUGGCGGCAACGUAGGUGAUGCUUUGAGAGUAGAGCCAAUGAGCGGAGAAGUUUUUGUCACCGGAAAAGGUCUUGAUUAUGAAACCAUGCCUUUAUACGAAGUUUGGUUUGAAGUAAGAGAUUCAGAUAACCCACCACUAAAGUCUUUUAUAGAAAUCGAAAUCAAAGUAACUGAUGCAAACGAUAAUGCUCCCGUCAUUGAACAGGCACUCUACAAUGCCACUGUCUUAGAAGAAGAGUCCCCUUCACAACUUGUCAUUAAAAUAGAAGCUCGCGAUGACGAUUCUAAUGAAAAUGGUAGAAUUAGUUACAGAUUGGUUAAUGAUUAUGAAGAAACAUUUGAAAUCGACUCUGAAAGUGGAGAAAUAUAUACUAAUAUGGCUUUAGACAGAGAAACAACUCCAUUUUAUGAAUUAUUGGUAGAAGCCUAUGAUCAUGGAACUCCUCAGUUGGUAGGAAGUUCAACAGUUAUCGUAACAGUUUUAGAUAAAAAUGACAAUCCGCCACGAUUUACAAGGCUGUUUAGCGUCAACGUCACAGAGAAUGCAGAAAUUGGAUCUUUUGUAAUCAAAGUAACUAGUUCUGAUUUGGACUCGGGGCAAAAUGCUAAUGCAACAUACAGUUUUGUGGAAAACCCCGGUGGAAAGUUUGUUAUCGAUCCCAUCAGUGGUAAUGUGACUGUCGUUGGCUCCUUGGACAGAGAACUACAAGACGAAUACAUAUUGAAAGUUGCCGCUAUUGACGGAGCGUGGAGAUCAGAAACACCUUUAACAAUAACCAUACAGGACCAAAAUGAUAAUGCUCCAGAAUUCGAGUACUCUUACUACAGUUUCAACUUCCCAGAGUUACAAAAGAAGAAUAGUUUUGUAGGACAAGUCAUUGCAAAUGACAGAGAUAAACAAGGACCAAAUUCUAUAAUAUCUUAUGCAUUACAGCAACCUUCGGAUAUAUUUACAAUCGAUCCUGCUACAGGUGAAAUAUUGAGCAAAUAUGUCCUGAGAUAUAAAAGAACAUCGAUAAAUUCUUCACCUGAAAAUACUUAUUCCGUAAUUGUCAUAGCCACAGAUAAUGGUAAACCCCCAAUGUCGUCAGAAUGUUUGGUUACGAUUAAUGUUGUGGAUGCAAAUAAUAAUUCGCCUAAAUUCCGUGACCACGAAAGAUUGGUACCUGUUCCAAAGGAUGCUACUUUAGGCGAAAAAAUCGUCAAACUGACCGCCGAAGAUAAUUUGGACUUUGGAAUUAACGCAGAAGUUGAAUAUUACGUGUCCGGAGGCAAUGGGUCAACAUUUUUCACCAUCGACAAAAGAAACGGCUGGAUAAUUGUCAAGAAACAAUUUUAUGAUCUUGGUCAAUAUUACGAGCUGAAAGUAAAAGCCGUUGAUCGUGGAGUUCCUCCGCAAUCAGAUGAAACGUAUUUGUCUUUCGUUGUAACCGGCGAGAAUAUGUUUGCACCUAAAUUUACAGCACUAAGCUAUCAAGUUAUAGUACCAGAAAAUGAACCAACCGGAUCUUCUAUACUAACAGUUAAAGCUAGCGACGAUGACGAAGGUCCAAACGGAAUAGUCCGAUAUGCUAUUUCAUCUGGGAACGUCGGAAAAGAUUUUGCAGUUGAUCCCGUAUCAGGCACAAUAAGCAUUCUACGGUCACUUGAUUACGACACUAUUCAAGAGUAUCGUUUGAAUAUAACUGCCAGCGAUCUGGGCUUUAAGCCAAAAGAGACAACAGCUACAUUGACAAUUAUUUUAACAGAUAUCAAUGACAAUGCUCCUCUUUUCAACCAAACUCACUACACCGCCUUUUUACCAGAGAAUGCACCAGUUAAUAGUUUCAUUUUCACAGUGAAGGCAAUUGAUAUAGAUUCGCCAAAAAAUGCAAUUAUCAAAUAUUCAAUUAAAAAUAAUGAAAUUAAGUCCUUAUUUCGUAUUGAUGUAAAUACUGGCGAAAUAUUUUCAAAAGAAAUAUUUGAUUAUGAAGAAAAGUCCAUGUAUAAAAUUGAAAUAAUGGCUGCAAAUCCAGAUACUACAAUGAAGAGUAUGACUGAAGUAUUAGUAGAAAUAACAGGCGUAAACGAAUUUUAUCCAAAGUUUACUCAGCCAGUAUUUCACUUUGAUGUAUCGGAAUCAGCUGAGGUUGGCACAAAUGUUGGCGUUAUUCAAGCGACUGAUCAAGAUAGUGGUGAUGAUGGAAUAAUUUACUACCUAUUCGUGGGUUCUAGUAACGAUAAAGGCUUCAGUAUUAACUCUCAAACCGGUGUUAUAAGAGUCGCUCGAUACUUAGACAGAGAAACCCAAAAUAGAGUAGUGUUGACAGUGUUAGCUAAAAAUUCAGGCGGAAUACAUGGAAACGAUACUGACGAAGCACAAGUCAUAAUAUCUAUACAAGAUGGCAACGAUCCACCCGAAUUCUUGCGGCAUAACUACGAGGCGGUCAUUUCUGAAGGUGCAAACAUAGGACACCAAGUGAUACAAGUUCAAGCCCUUGACAAAGAUGUUCGCCCACAGAAUAAUCAAUUCAGCUUCUCAAUAAUUGGAGGAAACGUCCAUCAAGAUUUUAAAAUAGACCCAUUAUCUGGUGAAAUAGAAGUUGCACGUCAGCUGGACAGAGAGGCACUGCCCACAUAUUCUUUGAUUGUUGGCGCCAUUGAUACCGGUGUUCCACCUCAAACUGGUACAGCCACAGUCACGAUAACCUUAACUGACAUUAAUGACAAUGGGCCUAUAUUUGAUGUCGCCAACUUUAAUGGCGCAGUUUUUGAAAAUGAACCACCAAACACCAGCAUAACAACACUCACUGCAAAUGAUCCCGAUCUCCCACCAAACGGUGCUCCAUUUUCUUAUUCUAUCAUAGGAGGAAAACAUCAAAAUUUCGUUAAAGUACACAAACAUACAGGAGUUAUGUUAACUACAAAGAAAAUAGACAGGGAACUGACUCCUUAUUUAGAAAUAAUCAUACAGAUAGAAGAUAGCGGAACACCCGUCAUGUCAUCAAAUUAUACAAUACCUAUAAAAGUGCUAGAUCGUAAUGACAACCCCCCAACAUCAAGAUCAGUGCAUGUACUUGUCUAUGCAUUUAACAAUAAAGUGCCACCUGGAAAAAUAGCCGACGUUAAACCAAAUGACCUAGACAUUGUUGGUGACUACAAAUGCAAAAUUAUCAAGGACUCGACAUCCGACCUCACGCUUUCAUUAUUGUAUGUCAAACAGGGAUGUGAUUUACACACAAAUGCAGUGAGACCAGGCCAAGGAUAUUCAUUUUCUGUGUCUGGUAAUGAUGGCAUUCACAGAGAUGUGGUCUCAUCCGUUAGCGUGGAAUACUUCUCUUUUGAUAAUAAUACAGUAGAGCAAUCUGUAACCCUUAAAAUCGUUAAUAUGACGGCAUCUCAUUUCCUGACACAUUAUUACAGAAGUUUACUUGAAACCCUUAAAACGGGACUCAAAAACACAGAAAGUGUUUAUUUAUACAGUAUCAAUGAGGAUGAUGGUAACUUGUAUCUUACAAUAGCUACUAAAGGAAAUCAUUCAGUAUGGAAAAGGGAGCUUACCGAAAAACACUUGAAAGCCAAAGAGCGCGACAUGUCAAAGUUAUUAAAGAGUCAAAUAAUAGUAUCUUACAUGCCGUGUUCUUUCCACGAAUGCCAAAAUAAUGGUAUAUGCUUCGAUUCAAUAAAAGUUUUAGACCAAACUAAAAUAACAGAAAGCGCCGCUUUGAUUCUUUCAUCGCCUUUAGUGCGGCAUGAGUUCACUUGUCAUUGCACGGAAGGAUUUAUGGGCGACAAAUGUGAAAAACGACAAGAUCCGUGCUCUCCAAACCCAUGUCGCUUCGGAGGUCAAUGUCGAAAACAGGGCCAUGACUUUGUUUGUACAUGUCCGACUCGCCGUGAAGGCAAAACGUGUGAAUUAGAAAGAGACGACUUAUGUAAUACAAAUCCAUGUAAAAAUGGUGGAUCUUGCAAAGAAAGUGCCGAUAGAAAAACAUUCUUCUGUUUGUGCCGUCCUGGUUAUCGAGGGAAUGAGUGUGAAGCCUUAGUGGACUCCUGCAGACCCAACCCAUGCCUCAAUGGUGGAAUAUGUAUAAGCCUGAAGCCUGGAUACAAGUGCAGCUGCACAAAUGGCCGUUACGGUGCUCAUUGUGAAAGCUCUACUUUCGGAUUUAAUGAGCUAUCUUAUAUGCAAUUUCCUGCCUUGGAUGCCUCUACCAACGACAUUACAAUCAUAUUUGCAACUACUAAGUCUGAUGCGCUGCUACUAUACAACUACGGGGCACAAACAGGAGGGAGAUCCGAUUUUAUUGCAAUUGAGCUGCUAGGGGGAACACCUGUAUUUUCAUUUGGAGGUGCGAGGACAUCUAUUGCUUCAGUCGCUAUCACGGAUACUAGGAAGAACUUUGCAGACGGCGGAUGGUACAAGUUGACCGCAACCAGGAACGGCCGUGUUAUAUCGCUGAGCGUCACUUCUUGCACGGACCAUGGUGACGUUUGCAUGGAAUGCGAACCCGGCGACCACUCCUGCUACAACGACGAAACUGGGCAAGCAGGGACAUUAAACUUCAACAACGAACGCCUUCUCAUCGGUGGUCUUCACAAAGCUGAUCCAGUCCUAGAACGCCCGGGACAAAUUCACACUGAUGACUUUAUCGGAUGUAUCCACAGUAUAUCAAUAAAUGGACGCUUAUUAAAUUUAACAAAUCCCAUAAAAUCCCGUGGAGUUGAGCCAAAUUGUGGUCGAGAAGAAAAGGGAGCUUGUUAUAAAAAGGACGUGUGUGGCAACGGUGAAUGCCUAGACCGAUGGAAGACAAAUUACUGCAAAUGCGAUGGCAAUGUUUUAUCCUCAGACUGCGGUUCGUCAUUCCAGCCUAUAUCUGUUGGUGGAAAUGGAUUUGUCUACUAUACAAUCUCGGAAAAACAUCGAAGAAUGCAGCUGUUGGAGACAUUCUACAUAGAAGACACAGCCUGGAACAAAAAACCUAGUAGACUUUCAGAAAAACACAUAAAUCCAGCCAAAUCACUGACGUUCUUUUUCAGAACGUAUCGUAAAGAAGGAAUAUUAUUUUAUUCUGCGACUGACAAGUACUACACCUUGAUUGAAUUAAUGGGAGGAAAAAUAGUUUACACUUCAAAACAAAAUACUAUCGUCAAUAUGACACAAGUGGAACAGGUAGAUGUUGCAGACGGCACCUGGCACAAUGUCACUUUGUUCUCUCUUGGAAGGAGUAUUCGCCUUAUAGUAGAUGGUGCCAAUGUAGGCGAAGAACUGGACGCUGCCGGGGUGCAUGAUUUUUUGGACCCUUAUUUAACAGUAAUUUCAUUUGGCGGCGUAAAAACAGAAUUUUUGCCCGUUACCAGCAACAACAAUUUUGAAGGCUGUUUAGCAAACUUUUCGAUCAAUAGCGAAAUACAACCUUUUACUGGAAACGGAAGUAUAUUCAAAGAACUAAUUCGUAAAGGAAAAAUAUUAGCUGGAUGCCAUAGUAGCUUCGGAGUCGGCCUAGCGCAAAAUCCCGAUCCUCUCAGUAUCGGCAUUACCCUUGUCAUCGUCUUCUUCAUUAUUCUGAUUGUUGCCAUCUUAGUAUCGUUUGUCGUGUUCCGUCUUCGAAAGCAAAAGAAAGAAAAAGGUAACAUGCCAACGGGUAAAAGCAUCAUGCAUUCCAAACAAAACGGUGGUCCUGCUAUAUUGAAUGCACCGAACUUGAUAGCUGGUACCAAUGACAGUAUGAUGAGUCGAAAUUUACACAGCAACGAAACAAGUCUGAACAGCUAUAUGUCUGAUAAUGCUGACAUUAUGCGAAACGUCGGUCAUAUUGUUGGCCCCGAACUACUAUCUAAAAAGUACAAAGAUCGUGAAAUAAUGAAUAUAGACCCGCCACGGCCACAGAGACCUGAUAUCAUAGAGCGUGAAGUAGUGGGCAAAAGUCCUGCGCUAAGAGAAGAUCAUCACCCGCCACCGCCACCAUCUACAAAUAAUUCUCAUCAUACACAUGACCACCCAAGUGGAAUGGAUUUGAACUCGGAGAUACCUGAGCAUUAUGAUCUCGAAAAUGCCAGUUCUAUUGCGCCAUCGGACAUAGAUAUUGUUUACCAUUACAAGGGAUUCCGAGAAGCUGCAGGUAUUCGUAAAUAUAAAGCAACACCUCCUCCCAUAGCUGGGUACCACCACAAGCACCAAACACCUCAACACAGGCAUUCACCACAUCAUGCCGGUUAUCCACCGAGAGUCCUACCACAACCGUCUCAGCCUCCGUCACAACCAAGACAACACCAAACCACACCAUUAGCCCGAUUGUCUCCUAGUAGUGAACUAAGCCAACAACCAAGGAUAUUAACUCUUCACGAUAUCUCAGGGAAGCCUCUACAAAGCGCAUUACUCGCAACUACGUCAAGCUCAGGAGGCGUAGGCAAAGAUGCUCUUCAUAGCAACAGCGAACGAAGCUUGAACAGUCCGGUCAUGUCUCAAUUAAGUGGCCAAAGUUCAUCCGCUGGGAGAAAAACACCUAGUGCUCCACCUCAAGUUCCUCAAGUAGUUUCUGUAGGGUCGGGAGCGGUCGGUCUAACCGCAGAAGAAAUAGAGAGAAUGAAUGCACGACAAAGAACUUCAAGUCUAGUGUCAACCUUAGAUGCAGUAUCGAGCUCGAGCGAAGCACCUCGAGGUGGAGGGGUCGGUCAUCAUAUGUCACACAGGCAUCACUCGCCACCUGUCGACAAUAGAAGUUCAACCGGCUCUGACGAUGAAAGUGGUAAUGAUAGCUUUACAUGUUCAGAAGUAGAGUAUGAUAAUAAUAGUAUAAAUGCUGACAAGCCAGAGGAUGUGAGAAGACCCAACGUGAGUAGCGGCAAUAAUUCGAAAAAGCCUAUUUUACCACCUCCGUAUGAAAGUUUUGAUUCGUCCUUUCGGGGAUCUCUCAGUACUUUGGUCGCAUCUGAUGAUGACCUCGCGCCGCACGUUGGGUCCGCGCUGUACCGACAGGCUAACGGGUCGCCUGCCCCAGCUACCUUAGGGUGGGACUAUCUGCUCAACUGGGGUCCGAAUUUCGAAAGUAUGAUUGGCGUGUUUAAAGAUAUCGCUGAAUUGCCCGACUCCGUUAACGGUCGAAUAUCUUCCUCUUUAAGACUUCCAAAUGGCACUCCUAAGCCAUCAGAAGAAUACGUGUAAUGUAUAAAUUAGUAUAAGGACAUUAUUGUAAAUAGACUGGAGUAAUUUUAAGUUUUGUACAAAUAUUUGUUGCGAUCUUGUAUCAAGGUCUCUCUAGAUUCAAUUCUCUUGCCAUAUCUUGUUGAUCGUUUUGUGUAAUAAACUUCAUGAAAUUUUGUAAUGUAUUGAAUGAAUAUCGUGAAUGUACAUAUAGAAUAGGAAGUCACUUUGUAUAUAAGAAAUGAAGUUAAGUUUCUGUGUCGUUUUAAUACCUAGUUUUGAGAUUGUCAUCAAAAAUAAUUUAAUAAAUAAGAUUGCAGACAACAGUAUUUUGUUGGGUUGUGUAUCCUGAGGCAA